ACCGCGUAAUCCUACCCGCAAUGCCCGCCGCCCUCAUCUCGAUAUUGCCCCCCGGCUCAUCUUCCACGCCCGCCGGUGUUCGCAGCAGAGCGCAGGGAUGCGGGAUCGGUUGACGCGAGGUGCAGCCAAUGAGAGUGCGCAAGCAGCCAGAUUCCCUGGGACUGCGCUAAUGCAGGAUGAGUUGUUCAAUUGUAGACAUGGUGCAGCGCAGCGCGCAACAGAAAUAAUAGCUGUGAGGUUCGCUGCCUCCCGUCCACGCGAACCUUUUCUGUUGCUCCUGCCAACCUUUUUCUUUUUGGCUGGCGACAUGCGCCGGUUUCCCUGUGUGCGAACUCACGCUUUCUCUUUGCCGUAGGGGGAGGCGCUGGCCGAGGCGCUCAUUCCUCGCUGCGACAGCACGCGGCAUGAAUUUCAACACCACGGCGCGAAUAUUC